AUGUACACGGCCCUAGGUGGUGACGAGCUGAUUGGGCUGGUUGACCCUCGGCGCGAGAAUCUUCAGACCGAGAACCCCAAGUGCGACGAGGGAGAAAGCGAGGAACCGACUGGGAAGGACAGCAACGAGAGCGUGUACGAAGCGGAGCGGGUCGAGUUUGGUCGUGCUAGGGUUAGCCACAGCGGCACCGGAGCAGCGGCACCGGAGCAGCGGAACCGGAGCAGGCGGACGGCAUCGAACCGUGGCGCACGGACAAACAUCUCUUGUAUUGUCAAUUAUUUUUCCGUUUUUUUCCUGAAUACAGGUGUUGUUGGGUGUGUGUGAUGACGUCACUGUUUUUUUUGUAGAGAGACGCAGCAGAGAUGGCGCGGAUAACCCGGGUGACUUAAUUGUGUACCUGCAUCGUGGAAGGCCCCUUCAAUGUGGAACGAUUCCUAGUCAGUGUCGAUGUUUACACUGCUGUGCCUAACACAGAUGAUCUGGAUAGACUCGGGUGAUUGUCAACUGCAAUGAUGGCUUUGGUUGGGCGUUCUUCUUCAUUGUUUGUCCACGGGCUCAUUCUGACAGCACUUCAGACAGCAGCUCCAUGCCCCGAGCUUGUGUACCAUGCGCCAUGGUGUGAUUAUUGUACAGACAGCACUUCAGACAGCAGUACGCUGUAGUCGACAAACAUUCAUUUUGGUUAAAUGCGGGACAAGGGGGGUGAUGCUGCUGCUGUAGUCGAUUUGUAGUGUGUGGGCGUGUAGUUCAGUUGGCAGCACGCAAACGUGCUGCAGGGAUUGCAAGUGUACCUCCUCGGGCUUGCGUACCCUUUCCUUGCUAAUAGUGUGUGUGUUCUUCAGAUCUUCUGAUGGCUCUAGCAUUUUUGUGACCACGGACCGAGUCUUUGCUAGAUUUUGGGAUUAGCAACUGACACGAGUUUAUUGUGAAGAAAAACAACAACAACAACAAGGGCGGCAGAAGGACCUGGUCUGGGUUGACAAUGAAUGAGCCGGAGGCGAGAGACGGAGGUUUGACUGGAGGAUCCAGAGGGCGGAAACUUACCUCUCUUCAAUGAGCAACAUGGGGGCAUCGGUUGCGCUGUUUGUCAUGGGAACCCGAAGGCCGUGCCAAGGGCAUCCGGCAGCGCGUGCAAGAGCUGGAGGCUGAGGCUUGGCAAUUUGGCUAGAGAGAACCAUUGAGCGAGCGAAGGAACAGAACGGAACGAAGCGGGCGAUUCGAACGUGGCAAACUUUCGUCACUGCUGCGACCUUCGGCAGCGACAAGGAGGAGGCCUCAACGAUGUCGGCCAAACGGAGGCCGCCACGAUCGGAGUUCGGGAACUGGGAGCACAGUUUCAAUCACGUUGUGGACCGCGCCAAGCGCUCGACAACCGACCUCCGUCCAGUCGUGGCGAUGAAACGCGGGGUCUACUGGUUCUGGCUCCGGGGUAAGAGGAGAGGCAUGCCGACAU